AUGGCGCUCAACCAGUUCCUCCUCGCGCAGUGCGCCUGCUGCCUCCUGGCCUUCCUGUUCAGCUUCGUGGCGCUGGUGCCGCUGUCGGAGAACGGCCACGACUUCCGCGGCCGCUGCCUGCUCUUCACCGAGGGCCUGUGGCUCAGCGCCAACCUCACGGUGCAGGCGCGCGAGCGCUUCACGGUGCAGGAGUGGGGCCCGCCGGCCGCCUGCCGCUUCGGCCUGCUCGCCAGCCUCCUCUCGCUGCUGCUCGCCGCCGCGCUCGCCUGGCGCGCGCUCUUCUUCCUCUGCAAGGGCCACGAGGGCUCCUUCCUCUACGCCUUCCUGAACCUGCUGGUCAGCGCCUUCGUCGUCUUCCUCGUCUUCAUCGCCAGCACCAUCGUGAGCGUGGGCUUCACCAUGUGGUGCGACGCCGUCACCGAGAAGGGCUCGGUGCCCCACAGCUGUGAGGAGCUCCAGGACAUCGACUUGGAGCUGAACGUGGACAACUCUGCCUUCUAUGACCAGUUUGCCAUUGCCCAGUUCGGCCUCUGGGCCUCGUGGCUGGCCUGGCUGGCCAUCACCGUGCUGGCCUUCGUCAAAGUCUACCACAACUACCGCCAGGAGGACCUGCUGGACAGCCUGGUCCACGAGAAGGAGCUGCUGCUGGCCCGGCCGGGCGCCCGCACCCUCGCGCAGGAGGAGAAGAGCGCCGUCAUCUAG